AAAGAAGAACUUUCUGACUCUAUUGUCAUUACAGUUAGUUAUAUUGCUAUUGGACCCUUUUUUGUGGAUUCUGUAAACAGCAGUAAUUCUAUAUUUGGUAAUGGUUUGGAAGCAGUAAAAUUGGUUGCGCUUGGACUAUUGAGAUCUAUAUUCACAAAUCACCAAAAACAACGCACAUGGAUAUUGGAAGAAAUUCUUACGUCUCUUAUUAAAUUACCUACUGUAAAAAGAAACCUGAGACAAUACAGAUAUGGAUUUGCUUAUAUUCUUCCUUAUAGAUUGCCUGAUGGUAAAUCAAUCCAAAUGGUAUCUGCGCUUAUUUUACAACUUAUUCAAAGUUGUACAGUAGGCAUAACUCACUUUGGCCUAAAGUCAGUGGAUGAUCAACAAGGUGAACAGCUUGUUGAAAAUUUAACUAAUGGAGUUCCAAAUGAUUUAAAAAAGUGUAGUAGCGCGUGGAAAAUCGGAAUAGAUUCUGCUAGCAGCAAUGCUGGCUAUAUUUUUAAAUUCUUGCUUGCAAGGUGUACGAAGUCUAUUAAAAAUUCAAACGAGUCAGAAUAUCGCGUUCUUUUAGAUAAUUUCAUGGAAGAUGUGAUUACUGUAUUGAAUUACCCUGAGUGGCCGGCGGCUGAAAUGAUAGUUCGCAUAUUCAGCAAAUUCAUGAUUGGCUAUAUAAAUGAUAAAAAAGCAGACAAUUAUACAAAAUCAAUGGCUAUUGAUUAUUUGGGAAUAAUAGCUGGACGUAUCAAAAAGUUUGCAAACACAGGUCUCAUUUCUGGAGAAGGAGUGUCAGAAGAUAACGGAGAGGAUAAUGAUGAUAAUGAUAAUCAGAAUUGGAUCGACAAAAUUAAAGAUAUACCGAGAGGAGAUAUAACGAUCUUAAACCCCGAGCGAACAAUUAAAAAUUUGCGUAAAUGUCAAAAGGCUGUAUUGACAUUUUUAGAAUUUGGUGCGAUGGAAGAUCCGGGUGUGCAGGCAUCUGAGUGGGGGUAUUCUUUUGCAAACACAUUGCUUUCAAUCAAUGAAAAGCAGACAGAUUUAAGAUGGGGAGAUAAAGACGAUGCAUCACUUGCUUCAAUAACAAAAUUAAUGAACAAGAUUGUUGCUGAAUACUGGCAAAUGUCAUCUGAAAAUCAAAUUGUACAAAGUCUUGAGCAUAGAACCCAGCAUGUGGAACGAACUGAUAUUCAUCUCGUAACCGAGCUUCUCGCAACUAGGCAAGCUCUUUAUCAAAACUUUGAUACUAUCCUUUCAAGGAUAUUGGUAUCAUUAGAUACAGGCGUUGUUGCCUUUAGGACAAAAGCGUUGAGAGCCCUAGGACAGGUGGUUGUAUGUGACCCUGGCAUUCUAAGCCAAGUGAACGUUCGUCAAACAAUUGCCCAGAGAUUUUCUGACAAUUCACCAGCUGUUCGAGAUGCAGCCAUUGAGCUUGUUGGACGUUAUCUCGCACAAAAACCGGAGAUUACGGAGCAAUAUUACAAAGUCAUAAGCGAUCGCGUCUUGGAUACUGGUCUUAAUGUACGAAAACGUGUAAUAAAAUUACUUAGAGAUAUUUACCUUAAAAGCUCUGAUCAGGAGAUGAAGAUCGAUAUCGGCUGUAAAAUUCUUAUUCGCGUUAAUGAUGACGAUGAUCAUGUCAAGGAUCUAGCUCUUAAAACUAUUCAAGAAUUGUGGUUUGCUCCAUUUAAACAUCAGAAAAAUUUUUAUGCUGAGACAUAUGAUUUGGAUGAUGAUGACAAUGGGCAAAAUGAAUUCAACAUCAUGCCUACUAGUGGUAAAAAGGAUGUUUUAGCAAGAAGCUUAUUAAUUGUAGGGGUUGCAGGACGACUUGGCGAGAGGAAUGGGCAUAUCAUGGGUGGAUUGUUCAAAAAGAUCUUAGACAAAGAUGGAAAACAGAAACGCGAAAUUAUGAGCAUCUGCCAAUGUAUAGUGGACUGUCUUUUUGAGCAUUUAUUAACAUUGCAAGAUUCAAAUUCAAAGACAGAAGUUGUCAGUUGUAUCAGCACAAUAUGUUUAUUGUGUAAUGCUUCACCAUUACUCGUCAGAAAGCAUGUUGUUACAUUGCAGCCAUAUCUAAAAAGUUCUAGCACGUCGGAGGAUCAAUCGAUAUUGUAUUACGUUCUGAUCAUAUAUCGUAAUGUUCUCCCGCUUCUCAAACGGCCAAAUCCUAAUUUCUUAAAUGAAGUAGAGCAGACACUUAUGGGUCUAUUGACUAAAAGCCCUCAAAAG